UCCCGUUCGCUUGGUGACAUGAAGUGUGCGGUGUUUGCUGUUGUCUCUCAUACACUACUGAACUACAUACACACGAACGCAGUCGAUUCGAUACGGAUAAUUGUGCCAAAUCGCAAGCAACGUCGCUCGUCUUAAAAAAGAAAACAAAUCUGGGAAAACAACACACGGAAACCUGUAAAAUGAGAAUAUCGUAAAGGUGAUAUAAAUUUCUUUGGAAGGCAUUGAAAUUUUCUUCAGAAUUCCACGAUUUAAAAGCUUCCAAAAAACAAACAUUUCCAAACAGCCCUAAAGAGCUGAUUAGAAAGUAUGCAUUCGACCAAGUUGUUUAGUGUCACCACUUGUGUCUUGGUGAUUUCGAUUUCUUUGUUUUCAUUCUUUAAUCUAAUCGAUGCCGGAGUACCACGUUCCAGUUAUGAGGCUCUCAUGAAACAAGAAUCUCAAGAGUUGGGUCUGUACAAUCACACCGACAAAGUACGAAUUUUAACAAAUGUGAAUUUUAAGGACGAAGUCCUCAAUCGAAACCAUUCCAUAUUGGUGGAGUUCUAUAACAGCUAUUGUGGUCAUUGUCGUAAGUUUGCACCGACCUACAAGCGACUGGCGGCAGAGUUGUAUGAUUGGCGUGACAUUGCCCCCAUUGCUGCAAUUGACUGUGCAGCGGAGGAGAAUAAUGGCAUUUGCAGGGAAUAUGAGGUAAUGGCCUAUCCAACAUUACGGUAUUUUGGACCAGGCUAUACACCAUCGGAAAGUAAUUAUGGCAGCCGCAUAAUGACCCAGGACAUGGAACAAAUACGCAGCAUUUUGGCCGAGUUUGUGGCUUCGGAAAACAAAACCAGCGAUAUGAGUUCAUGGCCUGAUUUUAAACCUUUGCAGCUAUCACAUACCUCAUCCAUUCCGGCCUUAUUUGAGGGCUUGGAUAGCUUAAAGAAAUACGUGGUUGUGGUUUAUGAACGCGAGAAUUCCACGGUUGGCAUUGAAACGAUUUUACACUUUGUUCGAUAUCCCAAUAUUGCAGUGAAACGCACUGCCAACUCUGAAUUGGCGGCCAAAUAUCAAAUAGAUGGUACACGUUAUCGCAUUGCCACCGUAAGUCGAGAUGGAUCCAUUGUGCCAUAUGGCUCGUUGCAUGAGUCGUCAUUAUCCUACAAAGAGACAAUCGAAAGUUUCCUCAAGUCCCAGCACAUAACAGAGAGACCACCCAGUCACGCAGAGAAUAAUGCUUUGGGGCAUACUGCCUCCACCAUGCCUCAUGCAUCCACGACCGACUUGGAGGUAUCGAAAAUCAUUGAAGAAGUCAAACGCAAUAAACAUAUGGUCUAUCAGGCCGAUUUAGAAAUGGCCAUACGUGGUAUACUCUAUAAUGAAAUACCUAAAUCCUCAAAAAUCAAUGGUGAAAAAAUGACUGCCCUACUAAGAUUUUUGGGUAUUUUGGAAAAAUACAAUCCCCUAAGUAAUUCGGGUAGGGCUAUGCUAAAGGAAUUGGCUUCAUUCACAAGAAAACACAGCGACGAAAUGUCUGGGGGUGAUUUCGAAAAGGAACUGAUUCGCCUGGAAAAACAACUGGGAAAAGUAUUUUCGUCACAUCGUUUCGUCGGCUGUCAGGGAUCGAAAACUGGUGUGCGUGGCUACACGUGCUCUUUGUGGCAAUUGUUCCACUAUAUGAGCGUUCAAGCGGCCACCGAAGAUAAAAGUGACGAUCCAUUGGAAGUUUUGCAAGCCAUACAUGGUUAUGUUAAACAUUUCUUUGGCUGUACCGAGUGUUCUGAACAUUUUCAGGAAAUGGCAAAACGACGUCACAUUUUCAAUAAUCCAACGAAGGAUGAUGCCGUCCUCUGGCUAUGGGCUGCUCACAAUGAAGUAAAUCAACGUUUGGCUGGCGAUGAUACUGAGGAUCCAAAAUUCCCUAAAAUACAAUUUCCAUCGGCAUCGAGCUGUCCACAGUGUCACAAAUCAUCAACAUCGCAAGCAGCAGCAGCUGCAUCCUCCACAUCCGUGGCGGCACAUGACUGGAACAAAGAACAUGUUUUACAAUUUCUAAAAAAUAUACACAAUCCCGAAUUUGUGAGUCGUUAUGGUGUCGAUGAUCAUGAACUUCUACCUCCUACACUGGAUAAAUUGCGCCAGAAACGUAUGAUUGGCAAUGUCUUUUCCGACAUGGACAUGGGUAUGGGCAUGCUGCUGUACGGCUUUUGUAUUGUUAUGCUGGUUGUGGCAUUCAAAUUGUUUGCCGUGCGAAAGACGGGCUAUCGUAAGAAGCCCUAUGGCCAUGAUAUGUUGGGCAAAGUGUAACACAUGACAAAUAAUUCUUCCACAACUUCUCCCCCAUUCCAAUGGAAACCCAUUAUAAAUGACGAUGUAGUCUGUGAGGGAUUACUGCUUCGCAUAUACUAGUUCUAGACAAACGAAGUUUAAAGUUUAACUCUCUGCAUAUUUCCAAUUUUGUUUCUUGUCUUAAGAAAUUUUGUAUAUAAAUCGUAAGAAAAAAAAAAACAUAUUAUGUAUAGUAUAUAAAGUUCUUUUUGUUUAGCUAAACGUUAUGUAUUUUAUAUUGUCAUAUCCUUAACUCGUAUCAUGUUAAAUUCUUUUUUAUACACGUUAAACAAAUUGUAGUCUAUUUUUUAUAUAGUAUAGACACCACGAACUGUGCAUAUAUAAAUAACACUUAAAUAAAUAAAUUUUACAAAAUUGCCAACACCUA